AUUCGUCUGUUCCAUUAGGAAAAAAAGAGCAGCCUACUGCGAUUCAGUGUUUAAGCAUUAUUUAACCAAGAUAUAUGUUUGCAAAUCAUCAUAAGCAAGAUAUUUGAUAGUUUUUGAAGUUUUGUUCAAACCCUGGAUUGAAUUAUUCGAAUUUGACAUCUCAAAGUUUUUAAAUUAGUUUGAACUUCUCAAUCGGUUACAUACGAAUCACCCCUCGUCCGAUUGUAUCCAAACGAGUCCAGUCAGCUGUUUGCUUUCGUAAUCGUCAACGAUCAUAAAUAGCUGAAAACAAAAUCGUCAAUAACUGCGCUGAGGCGAAUUAUUAUAAAAAUAAACAUAUACAUCGUCGCUAGUGCAAAUGUUACGUCUCCAGUCGAAUCGCCAUGUCCAAUAGCACUCGGAGUCGCGUUCUGGAUCUCUACAAACGGCUCCAAUACCUGGGCCGCGAGUAUCCCGGUGGGCCGGAAAAGUUCCGCCAGAAGUGCUACAAUGCGUUCAAGCGGCAAAGCGGGGAAACCGACCCGGAGAAGGUGCAGAAGGCAAUCCAGCUGGGCGAGUACGUGAUCAAGGAGAUCGAGGCGCUGUACAGUUUGCGCAAGUAUCGUGCCAUGAAGAAGCGGUACUACGACGAUAAGUGAUCGGGGAUGGAUCACGUUUGCGAUUGAUUUUAUUCCUGAGUGAUUCGAAUGCAGGAAUCAACUACAUAUUUUUUUCUAAUUAGAUCAGACUGAUGAUUGUGUAUAUUUACAGUUACCUAAUAAAAUAGAGAUUGUAUUUUUUAUAUUGAA